AUGGCGACUGCAACGCAGAAUGCGCCCAGCUCAACAGUCUACGUGAAGAACCUCGAAGAGCGGAUAAAGGUCGACCAACUCAAAGAGGCGCUGACCGAAAUCUUCUCGGAGUACGGCAACAUAAUUGACCUCGUGGCCAAAAAGAACCUGAAGGCCAAGGGCCAGGCGUUUAUCGUCUUCGACAGCGCAGAAGAUGCGGCCAAGGCGAUCGAGGAAGUCAACGGGUUCGAGCUGUUCGACAAGCCCAUGCAACUCGACUUUGCGCGCACGCGGUCCGACGCAACGGUGCUGCAGCAGGAGGGCGAGUCGGGACUGGAGAAGUGGAAGCGAACGCGGAUAGCCGAGAAGGAGAGGAAACAGGCGCUCGAGGCGACGCAGCAGAAACUCAAGAGACCGGCGCCGUUGGCUGGCGCGCCGGAGGCCGCUGGGGGACUCUCGGCGCGACCGGCGAAGACGGCCAAGGGCGCCGGCCUCAAGUCCUCGGGCACGAACGCCGCGGCGAUCGUGCCGGACGAGUACCUGCCUCCGAACAAGAUCUUGUUCAUUCGGGAUCUACCUGACAGUUACGACGCGGAUGGACUCUCGCGGAUAUUCAGCAGGUUUGAAGGAUUCAAGGAGGUCAGAAUGGUGCCCGGUCGCAAGGGCAUCGCCUUUGUCGAGUACGAGGCUGAAGCCGGCGCGAUAAGUGCCAAAGAGGCCACGGCGGGUAUGCAGCUUGGUGACGAGGGAAAGGGUAUCAGAGUCACGUAUCAACGAGCAUAA